GGGAGGGGGGGGGGUGCUUGGUGUGGGAGGCGGUUCUGACGGCUUGUGCGACCGUCGAGGGGGCUUUUUCGUGACUGUCUCGCCACAGGAAAAGAAAGAGCGAGAAAUAUAUAAAGAUAAAAUAAUAUCUCGGUAGCCCGCGUCUCUCAGGCCCGUCAACAUGAGCGGCGGCACGCCGUACAUCGGCAGCAAGAUCAGCCUCAUCUCCAAGGCUCAGAUUCGCUACGAGGGCAUCUUGUACACAAUCGACACGGACAACUCGACCGUGGCCCUGGCCAAGGUGCGAUCAUUUGGUACAGAAGAUCGGCCCACUGACAGACCAAUUGCCCCACGAGAUGAAAUCUAUGAAUACAUCAUCUUUCGUGGUAGUGAUAUCAAAGAUAUUACUGUGUGCGAACCUCCAAAACCUCAACCUCAGGAUCCUGCCAUUGUACAGUCUUCCCUCAGCACUUCGACAAAUGCUUCAUUUCAACCCCCUGCGUCAUACAGUCCUUUCCGUAGUAUGACUCCAUACAGCCAGUUUGCUGGAGGAUCCUUGGUUGGCCAACAAUAUGGUGCUUCUGUGGGUUUAGGAUGUUCAACACCCAUUCAAAUCACAACUGUUUCUCACUCCAGUACUGAUAGUCCUCCCUCACCUCAACCAGCCUUUACAAAGCUUGAAAUACCACCCGAACCAGCACCUUUGCAGAAAAGCCAACUGAUUUCUCAGGCAGCUACUGGUUUUCCAUUUUUGCCACCAAGACAAAGUCCUAUGGUGGAACAAGGUGUGCAGACAAGUCCCACAGAGGGCCUUAAUCAGAAGAACCUUCAACAAGAUAAAAUCCCUACCAGUAUAAAUCAGCAAUCCAUUGGACUGGAGCAAAGGAAAGUUAUCCCACAGUCUCUCACACAAAGUCGAGCUCAAGUGAAUGAUGAGAAUAAAAAGCCUCAGCCUCAAAGGAGACGGUCAGGCAAUAGAAGAGUCAGAAACCGUGGAAGAGGACAAAACUUUUCAGGAAAUAAUAAAGAAGCAACCAUGAAGUUUGAAGGGGACUUUGAUUUUGAAAGUGCAAAUGCUCAGUUUAAUAAGGAGGAGUUUGAAAAGGAGUUCCAAAACAAAUUAAAAAUAAAAGGGCUCGCAGUCUCGGGAGAGGCCGAGUUGGGAGCUCCAACGACGCAGAAGGUUCGACAAGCCCCGACCCAAGGUCCUAUUGCUGGCGCGGAGGAGCUAUCAUCCCCCUCGAUGCAAGAGCUUGAUCGCCUUGAUGAGGAGACCCGCCGUUGGCUACGGGAGUCAAGAUCGUCUCGUCAAUGGAAGGCUCAAGUUCCCCGACUGCGGGAGAACAAAGAAGAUGACAUUGUACAUAAAGGAGACCUUAGCAUCCAGGAAGAGAAAGGAGAUUCAAUUGUUGAAUCACCAAGUCCUGAAGGAAAAAAGGAAGAGCCAUCUCUUGGGCCCAACUGUUAUUAUGAUAAAACAAAAUCAUUCUUUGAUAAUAUUUCUACUGAGCCAAAGACAAGGCGUACAUGGGCUGAAGAAAGAAAGCUUAAUACGGAAACGUUUGGAAUCUCUGCUAAGUUUCUUCAUGGACGAGGUUUCCGUGGAGGCUUUCGUGGUGGGAGAGGCCGUGGAGGCGGGAGAAGAACUUCUUCAAUGCCAAGGAAUAGUGGCGGCAGCAGGGUUUAGUAAGAAACUGCUGAGAAGAGUGGGUUUUUUUGAUUUUGUGUGUGUGUGUGUAUGCACAAAAGAAUUGGCACUACGCAUGUUACUUGUGAACUAAUGGAAAUACAUCUUUGUUUGAAUAAACCCAAAGGAGUAACUGGCAAGCUAGUUGUAAAAUACUGCUUCUGAUAUUCUGUCAAUUAAGUUUUGUAUUGACAUUUUGAGCUCCUUUACGCAGGAGAUGAAUGUUUUUUUUGGUUUAACUGUUUAACAGGUGAAGAAAUGAUUGUGUGAAACGGGCUUGUUUACACGGUUGUGCAGGGAAAGCUUAAUUUAUUAUUUUGAACAGUACUCUGUUCUAACUUGCUAAAUAUAGUUAGGAUUGACACCAACCCUCUAUCAGCGUAAGAAAAAUAUCUUGUAUCUUGAGUAUAAACAUUUCUCACCCAUGCAGAUUAACACCAAAUUCAUAUGGUACUGAAAGUUAAAACUUGUCUGUAAUGAGGGUAUAAUGAAUAAUAGUAAACAGAUAUGGCAUGAGGUUAUCGUGCUUCUUGUCUGCACUUGGAUUUGAGUAACUUUUUUUUAAGCAUCUUUCACAGUUUAAAACUUAUUUGCUAUAUCCUUGUAAUUGAAAGAAUUGUAACCAAUGGCUUAUUUUCAAGUGCUUUCUUAAGUUUACAAAGUUGGGAAUUGCUUUUCAUUUUAACCUCGUGUAUUUGCAAGGGUGAAAAUGACCUUUAAUCGUACAUUUGGCUGACACAGUAUUUUAUAUUGGUACCGUGUUCUGAUUCCUGGAGAUCUGUUAUAGGUCAGCUGGCUUUGUGCUUGCAUAGUGCUAAACUCGAUGUCCUCAAUUUCUUAGAUUUAAUCCAGUUCGUGUUCAUUGUGGACUUGUUUAAAAAAAAUUGAGCUGAAUUUGCAUCUGUGUGCUACAAGACUGCUUAGGAAUGUUGAUUUCCUAGAAUUAAUUAUAUUGUACCACUAUAAAAUACUAUAAAUGAACACAAUUUGAAAUCCGUUUGGACAUGAAUGCCAGCUUAGAUGGUGUAAAUAAUCACAACGGACUUUCAUCAAGAAGCCUUCAACAUGAGCCGCAGUGUUUAUUGAUAAUGAAGUUUGUGAUAAGCCAAUGAAAGCCAACUGCUAAGAAGAAUUAUUUCCAUGCCAUCGAUUGAUUCUUAAAAUUUCCUGGGAUGUAGCAUGUGCAUAAGUAUAGUUGAUUUUUGUCUGGCAAACAUCCAAUUUAUGAAUGUGCUGGACUUGUAUUUCUGUGAAACAUUUGAGCUCUUUUCUCCAUGCUAUAAGUACCAAGAAUUGCAUGGAAUACCAGAUAUGAAACUCAUUUGGACAUUCACUGCCGUGUGCAGACUAAAUAAUUAUUUUGAAAAAUGUACAGAAGUGAUCUGUAUAAAGCUAACAUUUUGACCGAUAUCUAUAGAUGUUUGAAUAUGUUGUAUCAUUUUUUUUUUUCAUUUAAAACAUCUUGGCACUUGUUGAUCUGGGAAGAGAUCACUGCCUUUGGUGGAUUCAUUGUUCAGGAUGCAAGCCUGUUAAUGUGCACACUUUUUGAAAAUUUGAAGACUGACAUGUCACAAAGCCAUGGUAACUGCACUCUUGUAGCAAUAAAUUGUGUGAAAUACACUUUAACAUUGGGCAAAUUUCCCAGUGAUUUAAUAAAUGAUAAGCAAAGA